AUGUUGGCACAGUGCCAAGAAGAAGGAAUUAUACAUUCCCGGAUCACAAUCAAUCUCCCCGGUAUCCAAUACCUUUUUAUUUUUUUGAAACGCAGCUUUUUUCAGCAACGUGUACCAAUGUCAGAUGGGUAAACAGACAAUGGGAACGGCCGUCCAUGCGUGGCACGCAAGAGCAGAUAACAAAAUGUACAGACUGCAGCUUCCGCAGCAGCCACUGCUCAAAUUGGAAGCCUACGAGAAGUAUCAGAUGGACGAGUAUUAUAGGGGCACCGGACAGAAAGGGCGCGCUGUUCGCAAUCUGGCCGAAUUUCUAGGCCGCGAAGUAUUUUUCCACUGA